GGGGAGGGCCAAGGCGAAAUCCGGGUUGGAAAUCCUUUCUGGUUCGGAGCAUCCGGAAAGGAAAACGAGAACAAACAAAGAUUCAUCACGGAGGUUCAAUCAAAUCAAUUCUAUUUCUGACGGACGGAUCACAUGGGUCUUUCUUGUUGAAAUCGAUUCAUUUUCCUCUCCUGAAAGUCAAAGAUCACGAAGUCGCAUUUGAUUCGCAGCUUUAAGGAGAGCAGAGUAUCCCUCUUUAUUUGAUUCAUCACUAUUUCUGAUAAGCAAAUCUCGGGUUGGAUUUCCAAUCGGAAUAUCAUAUUCUUUGGUCGGCCUCCUGGGAUUUAAGAGCUCUUUGCCCCUCUCGCUUCUUCUCUGUAGCUCUCUGUCCUCGUCAAUCGGAGCUUCUUAUUUGUUCCAUCCAUCUAGGUGCAGAUAUGCAGUGCCAGCUGGUUUGCAACGGGUGCAGGACUACUCUUCUCUAUCCAAGAGGAGCCUCAAACGUCUGCUGUGCAGUGUGCAAUGCCCUCACACCUGUCCCGCCUCCUGCAAUGGAAAUGGCUCAACUCAUAUGCGGAGGCUGCCGAACGCUGCUGAUGCAUCCACGUGGUGCUACUAGUGUGAGAUGUUCAUGCUGUCACACAGUUAACCUUGUGCCAGUACCAAACCAGUUUGCUCAUAUUAACUGUGGAAGUUGCCGUACAAUGCUGAUGUAUCCAUCUGGAGCUCCCUCUGUUAAGUGUGCAUUGUGUCACUUCAUUACUAAUGUUAAUGCGGUAGAUUCACGAGUGCCGAGUCCAUCCCUCCCCCCCAAUGGAUCUGCUAAUCCAACAUCAGCAACAACACCUUCGUCAACUGCUACAAUUCGCCCACAUAAUCAAACUGUAGUUGUUCAAAACCCCAUGUCUGUUGAUGAAAGCGGAAAAUUGGUGAGCAAUGUUGUUGUCGGUGUGACGACACCAUAGAAUUGGCUGCAGCAGUGAAACAUCAUUUUAUGGAAUGGUUCUUACGAGGACUCAUCUCACCAUGUAAACGUCUUAUCAUGAGAACUUUCAUUAUUCACCUUUUAUUUGCCAUUCAAUGGCUAGCACUCAUAACUCAUAAGGUUGUAUUUCUGUAACUAUUCUUAAUUCAGACUGGGUUAUUUUGAAAGUAUUUGAAAAUGAUUAAAAUGUGAUAUUGUCAAUAUUAGCCAUUGAUUAGAUAUAUAAAAGAUGUAGAUCAAAAGUUCCUGUUUACAAUAUGUUCUCAUGGUUAAAUGGGUUCUCAUGUAGACCAAAAGUUGAAGUCGGCUAUCUUUCGUUAUUGCUCAAUCAGAUGAAUAGAGUGAUACAGAUGUAAUGGUGGAUUUAAAUUGUUGUAACAUUUGGUGUUCAUACUGUAAAGAUGAUAUGAAGAUUUUGGAUGCCGUUUAUGACUUGAGAUUUCUUUGAUUAUUUGUAAUGUACUCAUUUGCUUGUUGUGGAUGGUUUUUUUUCAUGUGACGUCCUCUACCUGUUAUGUUGAAUACCAUUUGACCUUCAUCGAUUUAGUAUAAAUGUAUAAUAG